UUUAGAAACUUUGUUGAUUCUUGCCUUCAGAAAAUCCCCGUGACUCGUGAGAUGCAGGAGCACGAGCAGGACAGUGAGCUCAGGGAGCAGAUGUCUGGUUAUAAGAGGAUGAGACGGCAGCACCAGAAACAUCUGAUGGGUCUGGAGAACAAGCUGAAGGCUGAGAUGGAUGAGCAUCGUCUCCGUCUGGACAAAGAGCUGGAGAGUCAGAGGAACAGCUUCGCCCAGGAGAUAGAGAAACUGGUGAAGAGACACCAGGCUGCUAUGGAGAAAGAUGCGAAGACCUUUAACAACGAUGAGAAGAAGUUCCAGCAGCACAUUCAGGUCCAGCAGAAGAAAGAACUCAGCAGCUUCCUGGAGUCGCAGAAACGAGAGUACAAACUACGCAAGGAGCGGCUCAAAGAG